UCUCUACAACGAGUGCGACCAAUGUGCCACAGCCGGAUUAGUUCAUCUGACCGUGGGUAGAGUCCACUUGGAACUUGCUGGCUUUUGCAAGGCCUUGGAAGCUUUUCAAAGAGCUCACAAGAUCGCUCAUUCCAUCCAGGAUCCAUCCCUCGAGCUUCAGGUGUACGUUGGAUUGUCGGAACUGUUUUGCCGUCUCCAGGAUGCAGACAAAAGCGCCCGAUAUGCUGCGCGCGCUUACGACCUCUCCAGAAGCCUUCAACUCGGUGACUUAAAUUCCCGACAUCACAGGGCGGCAUUACUACAAAUGGCUGCCUCUCUAAGGAAGAAGGGCGAGCUGGGCGAUGCUCAUGAUUACUGCUCG